GUCGCCUGCAAUUCUUUCACCGCGAUGGCAGCAGGCGCCGUGCUCCGCAACGCAGAGCUCGUCCGCUUCAUCGCCAGCUACGAGACUGGCGUCUACGCCGACGUCCGCGCCUGCUUGCGCUGCGUGCAUGAGGCCAGCUGCAGCCUGCUACGCCCUUCGGCCUUUCGCCACCCGUGGCUGCUGCGUCUCGUGCCCUUUUACGACGCGCUUGACCAGCAACUGACCGCAUUCGCUGCCGCCUUUGCGCCAUGGCUCGCACAGUGGAGUAGCAACUGCCUACAUCGCCUCGUAGCAUGCGACGACAUUAUGCGCUUCGUCCUUCUGACGCAUGCCGUGGCCGCGAACGACGAGCAGCUCUUGGAGCUCAUCCUGGCGUCGCCGGCGCUGUGCCCGACCGACCUACUGCCAUUCACGCACGCGAUCGAAAUCGGUGCUUGGAAGGGCCAUGUCAAGGUGGUGCAGAUGCUCUUGUUGCGCGAGGACCACCGUUGUACGGCCAAUGCGCUCGACUUGGCGGCGCGGGCCGGUCACUUGCCGAUGGUCCAGAGCCUCCACACGCGCGGGUACGAGGCCACAUGGCGCGCCAUGGACGAAGCAGCGACCCGCGGCCACAUCAAGGUCGUACGCUUCCUCCACGAUGUGCGCCGCGAGGGCUGCUCGACGGAUGCCAUGGACGGCGCGGCCGCAAACGGUCACUUGAAUGUCGUCGCCCUUCUGCACGACCACCGCCGCGAGGGCUGCACGACGCGCGCGAUGGACGAGGCGGCCGCCAACGGUCACUUGAACGUCGUCGACUUCUUACACCGCAAUCGUCACGAGGGCUGCUCGACGCGCGCGAUUGAUAGAGCGAGCCUGCACGGACACGUCGACGUCGUCCGGUACCUCGUGACGCACCGGCGCGAAGGCGGCUCGAGCGAUGCGAUCGUCGGUUCGCUCCUUGACGCAGCUACGUUGACGUAG